CAGUGGUGAAAGUAAGAACAGCUCAGGUGAAAAAGGGAUCUGAAACACAAAAUCAAUAUACAAAUGCCGAUGCAGAUUUCUUUUGUGAAAAUCGGGAUGUUGUGAUGGCUCUGUAUAAGAACAAUACUGAACUCUUCCAAGUGAGAAGAGGCAUAACUGGGUUUGUUUACAAGUUUUUGGAUAAAAUCAAGAACUGUUUUAGAAGCUGUGGAAGAGGAGGGAAGUUCAGUCUUUUUACAAAUAGGGGAUUGCUGUUUUGUGUAUUUGUACUUGCUGUGCUCUGCUUGAUUUCAUUGGCGGCUUUUGGCUUAGGAAUGCACUUCCAUGGUAAAUUGGAACCCAACAUGUUGCCUUGGAGAGAAAUGCGAAAAGAUGUUAUUGCGCAUGAUGUCCCUGACCGCCCAACAAAGAAACCCCGUAGGCAGCGUUUUUUUCCCUGUGAGGUAGCAUUUAAGGAUUCCGUCGAUUUGCUUAGUGAACCGAAGGACUUUUUGAAUUUCACCCAUUUUUCCUUGGGAUAUAUGGAAACAGAAAAGAAAGCUUCCCAUAUUGAUGCUCAUGAACCCAGAUUUGGUGGACAUCAGACCCUUGAAGAAAGAGAACAAUCAUUUUUUGCUGUAAAUCAAACAGUUCAUUGUGGUUUUGUGAGGGGAGCUGAAGGGUUCCCAAGUACUGGAUUUGAUUUGAAAGAGGAGGAUAGAAAAUACAUGAGUGCGUGCAGAGUGGUCGUAUCAUCAUGUAUAUUUGGAAGCUCUGAUUUUUUAAGAAGGCCGACAAGCAGAUUGAUGAGUGAGUACUCAAAGAAGAAUGUAUGUUUUGUUAUGUUUGUUGAUGAGGAAACUCUUUCGACACUCUCCAAAGAAGGAAAUGCACCUGAUGAUGGUGGAUUUGUUGGUUUGUGGAAAUUAGUUGUCGUAAAGAACUUACCGUACACAGAUAUGCGUAAAACAGGGAAAGUACCAAAGUUUUUGUCACAUCGCCUCUUUCCUUCUUCGAGGUACUCUAUUUGGCUUGAUAGCAAACUGCGGCUCGCAACCGAUCCAAUGUUGAUAAUUGAUCAUUUCUUGUGGCAAACUGGCUCUGAGUAUGCCAUCUCAAAUCAUUAUACUCGGCACUGUGUUUGGGAUGAAGUACUCCAAAAUAAGCGUCUAAAUAAGUACAAUCACACUGCUAUUGAUGAACAGUUUUCAUUUUACCAAUCUGACGGUCUUACCAAAUUUGACCCUUCAGAUCCAAAUACUCCUCUGCCAAGCUAUGUGCCUGAAGGUUCUUUUAUUGUUAGAGCACAUACACCCAUGUCAAAUUUGUUCUCUUGCCUCUGGUUCAACGAAGUUGAUCGAUUUACUUCACGUGACCAGCUAAGCUUCGCAUUUACAUUCCUAAAACUGAAGAGAAUGAAUCCAGACAAACCAUUCCAUUUAAAUAUGUUUAAGGACUGCGAGCGUAGGUCGCUGGUCAAGUUAUUUCAUCACAGAGAGCCAUCUAUUCCACCUCCUCCAAAAAUUAGUUGAUAUUCUGACUUGACUUAGUAAACUGGACCUCUUGCUAGACCCAUUGGAACUAACUUUCCGUUUGAAGAUGAACUGAUGCAUUACAUUGGCGUCUAGAGAUUAUACAUUUUGAGGCGCGGAGCUAUUUUAAGCUCUACUAAAUAGGUGAUAGAACUUCCGUUGAAUAUCUUUGGUUUGUCAUUUUGGGCCAAGAGUAUGGGGCUAACUCAUCUGCCUUUGAGCCACCGUCUUCAUGUGAUCUUGAGGUGUCACUGCUGCUUGAAUUAUCACAACUGUUGAACGUUUUCUGAGACUUCUUGUGGGUUCAGCACCAAAUGAGUUCUGCAGUAGUUUGCAUACAUCAUCUCAUCUGAUAUACUUGUACAAUCUAGAUUGGGUACGCGUUUUGUACAUUGAAUAUAGUAUCUUCUCUUUUGCAGCUAGCAUUGAUGAAGU